AUGCCUCCUAGGCGAAAAAGACAAAAGAAAGUUGAGCAAGAAGAUGAAGAAGAAAUAGUAGAAGUUAAGAUUAAUCCUACAUCAAUGACUGUUGUGCAAUUACGAGCUGAGCUGAAUAAGAGAGGGCUGGAGACUGGAGGCAAAAAAGCUGAACUUGUUCAGAGACUUAAAGACGCUUUGGACGAAGAUGAACCAGGUCCUAGUAAAAAGGUAGUUGAUGACUGGGACUGUAUGCUAAAUCAAACUAAUAUUGGUCAUAAUAAUAAUAUUUAUGUUAUUCAAUUACUAAAGAACAAGAGCUCUGGACGUUUUCAUGUAUGGAACAGGUGGGGACGUGUUGGUGCCAGUCAGUCGUCUAUGAAAGGACCAUUUUCUUCAUGGGAAUCAGCUGAAAAAGAGUUUGAUAAAAAGUUUAAAGAUAAAACACGCAAUGAUUGGUCAGAUCGUAAUAGCUUUACACCACACCCUGGGAAAUACACCAUGAUAGAAAUGGGAGAUGAAGAUGAUGACGAUGACCAAGAGGUUACCAAUGAGACUGAUUCUGGUGUGCCUGCUAAAAUAAAACCUUGUACUUUAAACAAGGCAACUCAAGAUUUAGUAAAACUUAUCUUUGACAAUGAUAUGUUCCAAGAUGCUAUGAAAAAACUAGAGAUAGAUACAAAGAAAAUGCCUCUUGGAAAACUUAGCAAGCCUCAAAUUGCCAAAGGUUUUGAAGCACUAGAAGCUAUUGAAGCUGCUCUAGACAGUGGUUCAUCAAGAAGCAAAUUGAGUGAGCUCUCUUCAAAAUUUUAUACCAUCAUACCUCAUGAUUUUGGUCGACGAAUACCACCAGUAAUUGAUAACCAUGAACACCUCCAAAAGAAGUUUGACAUGUUAAUGGUGUUAGGUGACAUUGAAAUAGCUCAAAAUAUGCAGAAAGAUAAAGUACAACCUACUAUUGGGGAAGUCCCUCACCCACUUGAUGCUAAUUAUGAUUCAUUAAAAGCUAAGUUGGAACAUGUUCAGAAAACAGAUCCAGAUUAUAAAGUAAUUGAUACGUAUUUGAAGUCAACAGAACCAGCUUAUAGAAAACUUGAAAUCAUUGAUGUUUGGCGUGUGGACAGAACUGAAGAAUGUGAUAGAUUUGCUGAACAUGGCUCCAUUGACCGACGUCUGCUUUGGCAUGGUACUAAUGUUGCAGUUGUAGCAGCCAUCUUGAAAACUGGACUACGUAUCAUGCCUCAUUCAGGAGGUCGAGUUGGACGAGGGAUAUACUUUGCCUCAGAGAACAGCAAAUCAGCUGGUUAUGUGGGAUGUGUUAAUAAUAUUGGAAUUAUGUUUCUCAAUGAAGUAGCACUUGGUAAAGAACAUUACAUCACUCGAGACGACCCAUCUCUCCGACAACCACCCAAAGGAUUUGACAGUGUUGUUGCAAAGGGACACACUGAACCAGAUCCUUCUAAAGAUACUACCCUAUCUGUUGAAGGUAAGACAGUCAUUGUACCACAAGGCAAACCUCUACCUCAGACUAAGUAUUCUCAGAGUUCUUUCUCCCAAAGUGAAUAUUUAGUUUAUAAGGAGAGUCAAGUUCGUAUCCGUUACCUACUGAAGCUCAAGUUUGGGGGAUACUCCUGCCUGUUUUAUGUUUCUGUCAAAGAGAACGUUCAUGGUAUGUUCUCUAUGAUAGACUGA